AUGCCGAUAAUGGUUUACGGAGUUCGAAAAGAUGACUGUGAAGUAUGUACAAAGGUAUUAACCGAUGCGAUGGCCACAGUUCCCAAUGCAGAUAAGAGUGACCAUAAUAAGAUUGCUGAAGCUGUUAGGCAACAUUGUGGUGGUUUGAAAGGCAAAGAAAAUAAACUGUGUUUCUAUAUUGGUGCAUUGCCAGAAUCGGCAACUUCGAUAAUGAAUGAAGUUAGUAAACCUCUUUCAUGGUCCAUGCCGCCAGAAAAAGUGUGCGAGAAGUUACGUGCCAAGGAUGCUCAAAUAUGCGAGUUAAAAUAUGAUAAGGCCAUUGAUUGGAAAACAGUGGAUUUGAAGAAAAUGAGAGUGAAGCAGUUAAAGAAGAUUUUAGACGAGUGGGGAGAGAGUUGCAAGGGGUGUACCGAAAAAAGUGAGUAUAUUAGGAAGAUCGAGGAGCUAAAGCCGAAAUUUGUGAAAAGUGAAUUGUAA